UGUACAUUUAUCUGGAACUCAUGAUUUUGACAAUAGGGCCUAAAAAUAAAGAUUAAAGAAACAAGCUGAAAAAUGCUUCUAAGGACACUUAUUUUGCUUUUAUUUAUGUGUACAUUGACCAUAGGAGGUAUUAUUCCAGUGUGGAAAAAUCUACUAUUGCACUAUAAAGAAUGGAAAGGCAGCAUCACACAUAAUGGGGAAAUAUCCAAUUGUAUGCUGGAGGUCCACUCUGUUUAUUUUGAUAACGAUGGGAUAGCUCUGGUGGCAUUUAGUGCUGAGAACUUCUAUGUUGAGAUGGCAGCAACGUCGGUGGACAACAAAACGGUAAUCUUCACGGAAGAUGUCACAUGGCACAAGCAGGCUCAGUUUCAAAAUGACACCAAUUUGAAAGUGGUUGGGAUGUUUUUGCCUGCUGAAGAAAACUAUUAUUUUCUGGGAAAUGUUAGUUCAGAUACAUUCGACUCCCUGGGAGUAGUUAAGCUGUCACCUUCUGGCUACCCAUUAGUUAUUGAUCGUGAAUAUAACACCCAUCUGAAGUAUGGCUUGGUUGUAGGAAUACCAGUAGCCAUGGGUGUCACAAUCACAGUCAUAGCUGCUGUCAUCAUGUGGUGGGCCAUCAAGAAAGGUUACUUACGGCACGUGCCAUGGGCAUACAAAAACUUCACUAAUCCCCGCAAGACACAAGCAACGUACAAAGUGGAUUUAGAGAAUGAUGACACGCCGUCCGUACACAUAUGAGAGGUUAUUGAACAGAUCAUGAUGAGCUUGAGCCAAGAUCUUUAAUUGAGAAGAGUUAUUUUCUUCAGAAGUUUUUUUUGUAACUACUUGCACAUGAUUUAUCAUACCUAACCAAAUCUAAUGCAGAUUUCA